AAUGGUGAAACGUUAAGUAGCUAUGAACCCAAUAUCAAUGAUGUCAAGUUCGAUGUCAAUGUAAACGAAGCAAGAGUUAUGUUACAUGACAUGAUCGGAUUCGGCCCCCAACUUCUGCGACACGCGAAACGUGGCUGAGUCGCGUUUCUCCCAUUGCACCGCCGCUGACCUCGAUGACAUUAAAGAUGACCAUCAGCCAACUACCAUCUCUCAAGAGACGGUUCUUGGACCUCUAUCGUAAAUCCCAUAUAAUCACGUGCCAUGAUGAUACCCACUUCAAUAACAGAUAAUAUAAAGAAAGAUCUGCAAUUACGGAACUUCACUAUCUACGGACAAAGGCUCGGCAUACUCGGAAUCGCCAUCCUCUGGCUAUCUGAAGCCUCCUGGCUCUUCCACCCCUCGUUCCCAAGCUACGCGCACAUAACCUUCUUCUACAUCUUCAAAACCCUCAUGAUCCUCCUAUUCUACCCCCUCGCGAUCCUCACCCUAGAAGCACCACACCUCGUCCCCCGAAACCCCUUCACCUACCUCUCCGUAGCAUCAUGGUUCGCCCUCCCGCUCUGCUACAUCUUCACGAAUUCGUCCUUCAUGAGCACCUUCCAAUUCCCCGCGGCGUUUGAGAUCGUGCUCUUGCUGCCCACCCCUUGGAUCCUCGGCCUCGCGAUCACGCUGUGCGUGUCGCGGAUGCCGGGCACCAUAGUGAGGGGGAUACUGUACGCUUUCUACGCGCUGGACAUGGGCAUCUGGACGCAGGACGUUGGGUUCUUGUCCACGGCGGAGUGGCAUGCGGGUCGGGAUGGGUCGUUGGGGCUCACGUGGGUUGGGAGGAGCGUCUGGGGUGUGGGGUCUUCGGUGGUUGUGUCGGGGGUGUUUGCGGGGGCGGCGGUGAUGUACGUGGUCGCGACGGUGAGGCUCCAGGGGUGGGUGGGGAGUAGGGUGCUGGGGGGUAGUGGGGUGGAGCCUAUGGCGUUGAUGAGGUUGAGGGAGGGGCCGCUGUAUCAGUCUGUGGAGGAUGAGACGGAGGGGAGGAUUAGGCUUGUUUGAUGGGGACUGUGAAUGGGGAUGAUAUACGAAUGCGUUUGUAUGGGUUGUUGCGGAUAUACCUUAGAUACCAUUGCUAGAUUAUUACAAG